GGCAUCUAGCUGAGUUGAAGAAACCCAACAUUUUUGUUGCUUCAUUUCUCUCUCACACUCCUAUAAAAUAGCAUUCUUAGCAGUGAAGUAGAAUCUAUCAAUGGCCGGCACCGGUGCUUUUGCUGAGAUCAUUGACGGCGAUGUCUUCAAGUACUACGCCGACGGCGAAUGGAAGGUUUCCUCUUCCGGCAAAUCCGUCGGUAUUGUCAAUCCCACCACCAGGAAAACUCACUACAAAGUUCAAGCUUGCACGCAAGAGGAGGUGAACAAGGUGAUGGAGACAGCGAAAGCCGCGCAGAAAUCGUGGGCCAAGACGCCGCUGUGGAAGCGCGCGGAGCUCCUCCACAAGGCCGCGGCCAUCCUCAAAGAGCACAAAUCCCCCAUCGCAGAGGCGCUGGUGAAGGAAAUCGCGAAGCCGGCAAAGGACUCUGUGACUGAGGUGGUGAGGUCUGGAGAUCUGAUUUCCUACUGCGCCGAGGAAGGAGUCAGGCUACUCGGCCAGGGCACCUUCCUCGUCUCCGAUAGCUUCCCGGGAAACGAGAGGACUAAGUACUGCCUCACAUCCAAGAUUCCGCUCGGUGUUGUUCUAGCGAUUCCUCCUUUCAAUUACCCGGUGAACCUUGCUGUGUCGAAGAUCGCGCCUGCUCUCAUUGCUGGGAACUCACUUGUAUUGAAGCCUCCGACUCAGGGUGCGGUGGCUUGCCUUCACAUGGUGCAUUGCUUUCACUUGGCUAAUUUCCCAAAGGGGCUCAUCAGCUGCAUCACAGGGAGAGGCUCUGAGAUUGGUGAUUUCCUUACAAUGCAUCCUGGUGUGAACUGCAUAAGCUUCACCGGUGGGGACACCGGCAUUGCAAUCUCGAAGAAAGCAGGGAUGAUCCCUCUGCAGAUGGAGCUGGGAGGGAAAGACGCGUGCAUCGUGCUCGAGGAUGCGGAUUUGGGCUUGGUUGCAGCCAACAUUAUCAAGGGAGGAUUCUCAUACAGUGGGCAGAGGUGCACUGCUGUGAAGGUGGUGUUGGUGAUGGAGUCCGUGGCGGACGCUCUGGUGGAGGCGGUGAAGGCGAAGGUGGCGAAGCUGACGGUGGGUGCGCCUGAGGACGACUGCGACAUAACCCCAGUGGUGUCGGAGUCGUCUGCCAACUUCAUUGAGGGCCUGGUGAUGGAUGCUAAAGACAAGGGUGCCACAUUCUGUCAGGAAUACAAGAGGGAGGGCAACCUCAUCUGGCCCCUGCUGCUCGAUCACGUGCGCCCGGACAUGCGCAUCGCCUGGGAGGAGCCUUUCGGCCCCGUGCUGCCCGUAAUCAGAAUCGGCUCUGUUGAGGAAGGAAUCCACCACUGCAAUGCCAGUAAUUUUGGCCUCCAGGGUUGUGUCUUCACCAAAGAUAUCAACAAGGCAAUGCUCAUCAGUGAUGCCAUGGAGUCCGGAACCGUUCAGAUCAACUCCGCCCCGGCUCGUGGCCCAGACCAUUUUCCUUUCCAGGGUAUUAAGGACAGCGGGAUCGGAUCACAAGGAAUUACCAACAGCAUCAACAUGAUGACAAAGGUGAAGAGCACUGUUAUCAACUUGCCAACUCCAUCAUACACGAUGGGCUAAACAGCUGCUUCAGGGGAUUUAUAUCAAUAAUAAUUUUUCAAAAGGACUCUUGUUUUAUGGGACACUGUUAAUUUUUCCUCUGCAAUUUACUAUGCCCUCAGUUUAAUCCUUGUUUGUAUAAUGGGAGUAUAUGAAAAAUGGGAGUAGGAAAUGUGUAUUGUGAGAUAAA